AUGCAACCCCAAUUUACCAUCCCAUUUAGGCGUACGGUAUCUAGGGACUGUUUUCAGGUACACUUGGAUGAAAAACAAAAGUUAAAGGCUUUUUUUAAGUCUGACUGCAAUAAGGUAGCACUUACUACUGAUUGUUGGACUUCUAUACAAAAUCUAAACUACUUGACCCUUACGGCACACUUUGUGGAUAACGAAUGGAAGUAUCAAAAAAGAAUUAUAAGCUUUGCCGUAAUUCCAAACCACAAGGGUGAAACUGUAGGUAGGAAGAUUGAAGAAGUGUUAAAGGAUCGGAGAAUUAGGAAUGUGUCAACCAUAACUGUUGAUAAUGCCACUUCAAAUGAUAUUGAUGUGACAUAUCUAAAGAGAAAAAUAGCAAAUAUGAAUGGGUUAAUAGGGGAUGGAGAGUGUUUUCAUAUGAGGUGUUCAGCUCAUAUUUUGAACUUGGUGGUAAAUAAGGGUUUGAAAGAUAAACAUUUAUCUGUAACUAGUGUUAGGGAUGCUGUUAGAUUUGUUAAGUCUUCACCUCAUAGGGCGGCCAAGUUUAAAGAAUGCAUUGAAUUUGCUGGAAUAACUUGCAAAAAAUUAGUAUGUCUUGAUGUUUCAACUCGUUGGAACGCGACAUAUUUAAUGCUAGAGGUUGCGGAGAAGUUUCAACUCGCUUUUGAAAAGCUUGAGGAUGAAGAGUCGAGCUAUAGGGAGUUCUUUGGAAAAGUGUCUGCCAUUUAUUGUGAGUUGAAGCAAGCUACUUUGAACUUAAAUGAUUUUUUUGCAAGUGUGGGUGGAGAUAUGAUGGAAAAGUAUAAUAGAUAUUGGGGGAGUAUUGAUAAGAUGAACAAGAUGAUAUAUUUUGGUAUUAUUCUUGAUCCAAGAUACAAGUUAAGUUACAUUGAGUGGACGUUUAAGAACAUGUAUGGAGUUGGAUCAAUGUUUGGUAGUGACUUGCCUCUUGGUAGUGGUGGAAACAAUGUCUUCAUUGAUGAAACAAUUGCAUAUAUUGCCCGUUCAUCAUUUAUGGCUAGAGCCGAUGCUUUUGAGAAACAUUUAGAGGAACAAGACUCCAUUGAUCAACAAAAUGAGCUUGAGGUGUAUAAUUCUAGUAAGUGUGUCAAAAGGGAUCCUAACUUUGACAUUCUUGUGAGGUGGAAACGCAAUUCAGUUGAAUAUCCUAUUUUAUCUAUAAUGGCUAAAGAUAUUUUAGCCACACCAGUGUCUAUUGUUGCUUUUGAAAGUGCUUUUAGCACAGGAGGGAGAGUCAUAGAAACAUAUAGGAGUUCUCUAACUGCUGAAAUGGCUGAGGCUUUAAUUUGCACUCAGAAUUGGUUAAGGCAUUCUUUUACCUAUUUCAAAUAUAUGAAUCUCAUGGAAGAUUUUGAGCUUUCAGAAGAUAUUGUAACAGAGUUUCAACAAAUAUCUUCAGCAGCAAGAGGAGUAUCGGGUGUCUCAUCAUCACAGUCUCAACCACAACCUUCAGGACUCUGGUUUGAAAAUUCUUGUGAAGUUGGUGUCUUUUCAAAACUUACCAAUGCCUAUUGGUUGGUUGCCAUUGGAGCCUGUGAAAUUUUCUACAGUACAUUUGAGGCUGAGUUAUCAAAUGUUAUCCAUAUGAUCAAAACUUUUGUUGGUGGAACUCGUAUCGGUGGUCGUCUUUGUAUUGGUAAAGAAAUGUUCCUUAGUUACUUGAAUAGUGAAACACAAAGGGGCUUCUAUUGUCCCAUACCAUCACAGGCCAAGAUGAAAAAAGACCCUGGAAAAGGAUGA